UUUAGCCAAUCAGGGGCAGCCACAGUGUGUUUGGAAACAACACAGCUCCUGUAAAGUCCCGUUCGACGGACCGCCACAGACAGUUCCAGACGCAUCUCCGUUCGUAAAGUUUCUCAGCUCAAGAGAAGGUUCACUUUUAUACCCGCAUAUUUUACAGAAGCGCGUCGCUUUUCCCGAGUCGCCUUGUUGUGGCGAAUACCUCCACCUAGUUCUCGCGACCGCAUCAACUGACUCCAAAGUGAAAAUGGAUUUAGAAGAUUCCCAACAAAAGACGACCAGUUUUCUCGUUAAAACGCCCAACCAGGCUCAGGAGGACCAAAUUAUUGACGGGGUCGACAUGAAGUGGACCGUAAAGGACCUGAAGGCUCAUUUGUCGAGGGUUUACUCAAGCAAACCGGCAGUAAGUGACCAGAGACUGAUCUUUGCUGGCAAGCUUCUACCUGAUCAUUUGCACAUCAAAGAUCUUUUCAGACAGAUGGACUCCAUUCCCACUUUGCACCUGGUGUGCCCCAUGAGGAAUCCACCCCAAGCAAAGAGCAAAGAGGCAGAACAACCACAUCCUUCCAGUGUGAGCCCACCUGUUCAGACUCCCAGCACACCAGAGCUCAGACAGAGGAGGCAGACGUCUUCAGCGACUGCUGCUCAGAUCCACACACAGACGCCUGCAGCUCCAACAUGGCCUGCUUCAACACCCGCUGCAGCAUCCCAGCUGACCCAGCCAGCCUUUCCUGCCUUAUCUCUGUACAGCCCCCAGCAGCUCCUGUGGCUCCAACAUGUCUACGCAAGACAAUAUUACAUGCAGUACCACGCAGCCAUGGCAGCGGCAGGCUCCGUUCCCCUGACGCCGGUGGCAACCAUUGGCCAAUACCCACCUGUCCCUGCCCACCAAGUCGCUGUCCCAGCCCCUCUGGCCAAUCAGAACCCCAUCGACAACCUGCCAGUGAACCAGAACCCGGUGCAGGACGCCGCUUUCAUCAACCCGGGGGAGGCCAAUCAGAACAUGCGAAUGAACGCACAGGGCGGGCCCGUGAUGGAGGACGAGGAGGACGUGGAGCGCGAUUGGCUGGACUGGUUGUACUCCGCGGCGAGACUCUCCGUCCUGCUCAUGAUCGUCUACUUCAACUCCAACCUGAGCCGCUUUCUGCUGGUGAUGAGCACGCUGCUCGUCAUGUAUCUACACACUAUGGGCUGGUUUCCCUUCAGAAGGCCAGCACCGGUUCAAGCACACAACCUCCAGCCCCCUGAGGUCCAACACAACCAGAGGAAUGAGGACAGGAACCCUGAGAAUAAUCUUGCCGAAGAAGCAGCUGAUGGACAGGUGGUGGACCACGCAGCUGAGGAAUCUGAGGAGCCGAUGGCGGCGGUUUUAGUUCCUCCUCACAGGGUGUCUGUCAUGUGGACAGCCUGGGUCUUCUUCAAGACUUUCUUCUCCUCCCUGAUACCUGAGGUUGCUCAGGGCAUGGCGAACUGAGCUCCUGAGAAGGCAGCGUUUGGUUUAUAAUGGCAACAGGAGAGCAUGCUGGGAUCUUGAGGCAGCAGGAAGCGGCAAGCCGAAUACCAGCACAACGAGACCUGCCCAAAACGAUAUGGACGGUACCAAAGGACUGAAAGCUGGCAGUUUCUCAUGCUAGUUUCAGGUUUCUAUCCCAGCACCGUGUUUAAUGCUUCAUCAGGAGGCACAAGGUGGAACCUGAAGGUAAAGGAAGGAAAGUCUUGUUGUGAUUUCUCUUUUAGUAUGAGGGAUUAUUUUUUCCAAAUGCAUUUGAAUUUGAUGAGAUCUAAAGAAAAAAAAAGAGUAGUAUGUGACUUGUAAGUUUGUCACAUACAGAUACUCCUGAAUCUGUUUUUAGAUUCUCUGAAAGAACAUUAGUACAUUUUUAACUAAGGUGGUUUUCACUUUUAAGCGUUUUGUCACUACAGAGGCAAAGGAACUUGAUGGACCUUCUGGAAACUGAAUAAAGUAACAAGUCAGCUUGCUAGCCUGUGAUAGCAGGUGGUUUUCAGGAGUGCCACACCACAAACUUCAAGUUAUAAUUUGAAUACAAUUUAUUUCAAGAAGAAAUUCAUGUCUCGUAUUAAACACGGGAAAAAAAAUAGGUUUGAUUCCAGAUGAUUAUUUUUAUUGAAACAUUCUUCCUGACCAAAUACAAAUAUUUUUACGUAAUUGAUUUGAAAAGUGGUUUGUAAAAGCAUGUUUGAAAAAAAAAACUGUACAUAUAUAUAUUUUUUUGUCUCCACAACGCACUUUACAUCUAUCAUAUGCAAGCUUCAACAUAGAGGUUAUGACUCAUGACCUUUUAGGGUCUCAGAGCCUUUCACACAUAAAUAGUUAGAAUUACAGAUCAAAUUCAAUAUGAAGACGCAAACCAUAUUGUGAAAAAAAUAAUAUCAGGAGGACUUCAUGUCUCGGCUUUUUGUCGAUGUGUUUUUCUCGUAGCAUUCCAGAUUAUAUAAUGCAAUACACUAUUCAUCUUCCUAAUAUUUUCUAUAAUAUGUUGAAUGGGAAGUGAUCAGAUACAAAUGACUUUAGUAUUUAAUUCUUUCGCAUGAAUUUUGGUCUGUAAUGGUAAAUAAAUAAGUUUUAUAAUCUUGUCUCUGUAAAGCCUUGAAGGAACAUUUGAGUAAGCAGAAUGAAAGCUAGUUGUGUAAUCUUGUAUAUUUUCUGUACCUUAACUUAGUGCUUGUGUCUCCUGUGUGGGGAGGACAGAAGACUGUGGCAAAGAUCACUGUGUGUAGUGGACAUUUUCAUCUUUAUUUUAAUGCAAUGGAAACAUUUCUUAUAAAAGAUGCAAUAAAUGUUUGUAUGUCAAAUAA